CUCCGCGGCACUUUCAGUGAGCCCGCGGCCGAGUCCGUGGCCGUCUUUCGUGUCUACGUCAACGUCAACCUUCCUGCAAAGCCAGCGACCACCGGCAGGAGAGGUUCAGCAAAAACAAAGCUCGGAAAGCCACCACCUCCAAAGAAGCUAGGCCCUGUGUCAAUGCGGACGAACAUGGACCUAGACGACGUUCUCGAGGCUCUCGCAUCAUUGCUUCGAGUACGUGAUGUUUCUGAACUUCAGCCCGACUCGUUCUGCUGGCGGUGGACCAAACAGAGCGGAACCUGCCCAUCGUUCCCCCUGACCAGCCCCGAAGGGCUCGAGGCGAUGAUGGAUCAGAUUCGGAAACCACCAAAGAAUGUC